UUGAGAUUUUGAAAUAAAAGUAAACAGAACAGAAGUUUUCCCGCCAUUUUUCUAUUGAAAAAAAAAAAACUCCGCCCUGUUAGAUACCACAUCUCCGAAGUGGUUGUCAAUCGAAGAAUACAAUCGAAUAUUAAACGUUUUAAAUGAAGCCAGCCUGCAUUAUUCUAUCAGGUAUCAUCGUGAUCGCAAUCAUGGCUGUAUGUGUGAUGGUCAAGUUCGCGACGGAGAUCAACGUUGAAGAGAAAAAGAGGGACUACUUGCGCGGAGGUAGGAUUCACAGUUUGGCGAAAUCAAUGGGUAUUAUUGCGUUGGAAAACAAUUAUUCUCUGUCAAUCGCCGAGAGGUUUCCGUACGUAGCUGCCGUGACCAGAAACUCGUCGUCCACUUGGUCCUUUGCCUGUUUCGCUAGUGUCAUACUAGUGAAGUGGAUCGUCACCUCGGCCCACUGUAGGAAACCGGGCGCGACUCACCGCGUACUCUUAUACCAUGAUUUCACAAGGAAUUAUAUCCAUACGUAUCCCAUCUUAAUCUGGCGAUUACACGAGAAAUUUAACAGUAGCAAUCUGACCCCAAAAUACGAUAUAGCCGUUGCAAAAUUGAAUGUAGACUCCUAUCCUUUCACGAUGAAAUCAGCGGUGAUAAACGACAAACUUGUUACUGACGUGGAAGCGAGCGUUUGGAAGACUGUAUCUACAAUGGAUAAGAGAAUGUAUCUGACAAAUGACAUUGGCCAAUUCGACGUGUCCCUAGCGACGAACGACAGAUGUUUUGAGAGUUACGGAAUGGAGCUAGACGAGUCGCUGCUAUGUGUCGAUAUGACGGAGUACGAGGAUUGCUUCGUCCACGAGUUUGGACCGAUUUUCACUGGAGACAAAGUGGUGGGGGUGCUGGCGGUGAAGCCGAGGGAUUGUGAUGUGAAACUGGCUAUAUUUACUAACGUCUCGUACUUCACUAACUGGAUUUUGAGGUCUACACACACCACUAAUUAUGGAUGAUGUAUAUAUAUAUAUUACUAUUUAGAAUGAUAUACUGUAUCCUG